AGCUACCAAGUCCAACCAGCACGUGCCCUGAAUAAAAUCGUUGUUGUAUGUGUGGGGGAGUGACUGGAGCGGCGUUUGCUACUAGGGUUUUGCAUCCUGUUACAACGGCGUGUGUGCUGCUGCGUGUGCGUGUUGUGUGUCUGCAAGGUGUGUUUGCCGUUAGAACAAGUUCCAGUAUGAAGAGAGGCAAGAAGACAGAAGAGGCAGCUGCAGAGGGCGAGAAUGAUGCCGACUCUGCUUCUACAAAGAAAGCAAAGAAGGCUAAAGAACCAGAGGCACCGGUGUUGUACGAUGAUCCUCCUGACAAAAUGACCAGUAAAGAUGGCCGCAGUGCCAACAUGAAGAUCACCUCCUGGAAUGUGGAUGGGCUGAGGGCAUGGGUGAAAAAGAAGGGGCUUGAUUGGGUGCGUGAGGAGGCUCCAGAUGUUCUGUGCCUCCAGGAGACCAAGUGCUCAGAGAAAGCUCUUCCCUCUGAGAUCACCUCAAUGCCAGAGUACCCCUACAAGUACUGGGCUGUGUCAGAUGAUAAGGAGGGAUACAGUGGUGUAGCCAUGCUAUGCAAGACUGAACCUGUCAAAGUAACAUAUGGAAUUGGCAAAGAGGAGCAUGACAAAGAGGGCCGAGUCAUCACUGCUGAGUUCCCAAACUUCUACCUUGUGACGGCCUAUGUGCCGAACUCCGGCAGAGGCCUCGUUCGCUUAGAUUACCGCAAAACCUGGGACGUGGACUUCCGAGCUUACCUGAGCGAGCUCGACAUCCAGAAGCCUCUGGUGCUGUGUGGUGACCUCAAUGUAGCCCACCAAGAGAUUGACCUGAAAAACCCUAAAGGCAACAAGAAAAACGCGGGCUUCACCCCAGAAGAGCGCGAAGGCUUCACCCAGCUGCUGGAAAAUGGUUUUGUCGACAGCUUCCGCGAGCUGUACCCCGAGCAGGCCAACGCCUACACCUUCUGGACCUACAUGAUGAACUCUCGCUCCAAGAACGUGGGCUGGAGGCUUGACUACUUUGUGCUGUCGUCCUCCCUCCUGCAGGGCCUGUGCGACAGCAAGAUCCGUAAUCAGGCGAUGGGAAGCGACCACUGCCCCAUCACUCUGCACAUAGCUGUGUAGGUCAUCGAGCUUGGUCACCGUAGAUCGGUCCAGUCUGGAGGGAUUCCCAUUCUCUCUCUGUGGUAGCUUAGUUUAGUCCCUUUUUUUCCCACAUGAAAUGUUACAUGCUGUAGCUCGUGUCUUCUUUCUGUAACUGAAGUUUCAGCAAACCUCGUGCUGCAACACUAAAAAGAUUUCUAAGCUGAUUUUUAGGAUGGAUUUUACGUUUGCUGUUAAACAUGCUCAAAAUCACAAAUAAAGAUUGGGUUUAUAAUAAAACUUAUAA